AUGAUCAAACGGAUACUCCAGAAUCACAAAUACGUCAUAACAUGUCCUGGACAAGGGAUUGUACGACUAGGUCUUCUUGAACCUAACAAGAAGUAUUUGCCAUUGAUGAAAGACUACCUAGAUGAAGUUGACGAAGCAUUGGGCCAAAACUUUUCCCAACACUUAUUUAUCAACAAUGCGAGUAAUAAAGUUGUUGCUGAUUUUACGAUGCAAACAACACUGGAUGCUCAACCAGCUAUUCUUGCUUCGACAUACAUUAUUCUGAAGUUAUUUGAACAUGUUCAUGCAAUUGGUUUGGCCGAAAAUGCAAAGUAUAUUUUGGGACAUUCGUUGGGUGAGUAUACUGCAUUGACAUUAGCCGGAGUAUUAGACUUGACCACUGCUGUACAAUUGGUACGACUACGAGGGCAAUUAAUGGAAACAUUGGUUCAAAAUCAGAACGAUAAGGCAGAGUAUGGUAUGAUAGCCCUCUUGGUUCGUCCCAACUUUGUUAAUGAUGUGAUAGAUUUGGCCAAGGAGCAAGGAAUCUUGGGCAAUAUAAAUUCACAGUCGCAAAUUGUGCUUUCAGGACAAAUGUGUAGAAUUGAAGAGUUUACUAAGCUCGAAAGUUUACAAAGGAAGAGAGCAAUUUUAAAAGCUAUAAAACUACCAGUCUCCAUACCAUUUCACAAUAGCAUUUUGGAAGCAAUCGUGCCUGAGUUGGAGUCAUUUGUAGAAGGCAAAGUGCAGGAGCAGAAAGUACCCAUUGUACUGAACUUGGAUGGAGAUGUAACUACAGUGGCUUCAGAUACAUUAAAGAGAACUUUGAAGGCAAAUUACAACCCAGUCCAAUGGUGGAAAUCAAUGGCUCGUAUAUGUGAUGCCGGAUUAGAAGGAGUUGUCAAUUUAGGACCUGGUGAUGUUGUUCAUAACAUCAAUUCCAAAUUCAAGAUCAAUAACGUAUUGAUAGACGAAGUUGCAAAAAUGUAA